UUUUUAUUUAUCCGCACACCCAAGUGCUUUCUUUCGCGGAGAACGGAGGCAGCGGUCAUUUCCUUGUUACGUAUUUAUUAGCUACUAUUCAAGGCCAAUGAAAUUUGUUUCAUGCGUAGAACUCUAUUGGCAAUAAGCAAACAGCUGUGAUCCGUUGCAAUCCAGAAUAAUUGCACCCCAUUUCCCACGUUCCAUAAUCCUUGGACCCCUUUCAACGAGCCACCGAUCAACUACAUCACAUUUUCCUCUCCAAUCCUCGAGACGGUGAUUGAUAAUCAGACGAUUUAUAUUCACUUUCGUUCGAUAGUAAUCUCAAUAAAAGUCAGCCGAGUGAUUACCAGAGAGAGUUAUCGAUACAGGUGCCGGGGCUCGUUUUAUUACUGAGGCUUUCAGAAGCGUGACACAGUGUUUAGAUUUGAUUUUCGACAAAGAGUGCACGAGAACGAUGGCCGCCACAAUGGGACGCAAGCUGAUCGACAGCCUGAAGAGCAAGGAGUUCCGGGACUAUCUCAUGAGCACCCACUUCUGGGGUCCAGUGGCCAACUGGGGCAUCCCGAUCGCUGCAUUAGCCGAUUUCAACAAGGACCCAAGGAUCAUUUCCGGAACGAUGACCACUGCAUUAUGCCUCUACUCGUGCGUGUUUAUGCGUUUCGCGUGGAAAGUAACGCCUCGCAAUUUGUUGCUUUUUGGCUGCCACAUCACAAACUUCACGGCUCAAGGAAUCCAGGGAGGACGAUUUGUCGAGUAUCACUAUUUGGGAGGUAAAAACCGAGCAAUUGCACCAACCCCAGCAGCAGCAGCAGCACCCGCUGCUGUGGAGGCAACCCCAGCCAUUCAUGCGGACGAUAAGAAGAAAAAAGACCCAGCUGAAUCGGCAGUUUCGUCGAUAGUAUUUUUUCUCGUGUAAUAAAACAAAUAAAACAAACUAUGUGACCGGUAAAUGAUCCACUGUGAUUUACAUCUUUCGUGUAAUAAGCCAACUAACUGAUAAGACGAAACGAAAACAUUAUGUACUUUUUACUAACAUUCUUAUAAAUGCUACGGUAAAUAAAUGAAAAUAUUUCAUUAUACAUGAAA